GAAUGCUCACAUGGUCAAGAUAUGAAUGUUAGAGUGAAUGAAUAGAGAAUUUAAGUUCAUUGUGUAUAUUCAAGUUUUUGAUGUGUAAGUGAAAAAUAUUAUGAAAAUGAUUUGUUUUUAAGUAUAAAAUAAUGAGAAGACGUAAAUAAUAUAUUCAUAAGUAAUGUAAAUAGCGUAAAGCAACAAUAUGCAAGCCUCAACAUCCAGUAUGGGGGGUGUCCACCCCCAUACGGCUCUAAUGAACCAAUUUAAGAGCUAUGUAACGAUGCUUGCCGAUCCAGAUUGUAAAGAUGUUCUAAAGUUGAAAGCCACCCAAGAACUAAGUAAACAUUUCGAAAUAAUACUCAAUUCUGCUCUAUAUUCGAACUUUUUGGACCACUCUGUAAAUAUAUUUUUAAAGAUAUUAGAUGAAGGCUAUCCCCUUUUCGUUGCCGAAUACAAUAUACAACAAGUUAGAAAAUUAAUAUUGGAGAUGUUGUAUAGAUUACCGACCAACGAGACAUUAAGACCUUACGUUAAACAAAUAUUAUCACUCAUGUUGAAAUUAUUAGAAAUCGACAACGAAGAGAACGUUUUAGUUUGUUUAAAAAUCAUCAUAGAAUUACAUAAGCAAUAUAAACCGACUUUUAGUCCAGAAAUUCAAAAGUUUUUGGAAUUUGUUAAAUCAAUCUACUCCAAUUUACCAAAUCAAAUGGAUAAAAUAUUUGAGCCCAAACCUCCAAUAAAAGUGAAGGAUCUCACUGAAGUUAAUAUAGAAGAAUUACUUAAAGAAACAUUUACUAUGACUGUUAUACAAACCGAAGUACGAAAUGACGAUGGCACCUUAGUAGCGUAUUACGUAAUUCCUAAAGCCGUUUUAUCGUUGAAAGUCCUUCAGGAACUACCUAUAAUAGUAGUUCUAAUGUACCAACUGUAUAAACAAAGCGUACAUCAAGAUGUUAGUGAUUUUAUUCCUUUAAUCAUGAACACGAUCACUCUUCAACCGACGUUAAAGCAAAGACAAGCGGAAUCCUUUAAUAAGGAAAUAUUUGUCGAUUUCAUGGGUGCACAAAUAAAGACCCUCUCGUUUCUCGCUUAUAUUAUCAAGAUUUACCAAGAAGUGGUACAAAAUCAUUCGGCGAUGAUGGUACAGGGAAUGUUGGGGCUGUUAACUUUAUGCCCAAUGGAAGUAGCUCAUCUUAGAAGGGAACUACUCAUUGCAGCAAGGCAUAUUUUAGCAACAGAAUUGCGAAACAAAUUCGUACCUCACAUGGAACAAUUGUUCGACGAAGACGUUUUAUUGGGAAGAGGCUGGACAACUUUUGAAUCGUUGAGGCCUCUUGCUUAUUCUACUUUAGCUGAUUUAGUUCAUCACGUUCGACAGCAACUACCUUUGGCAGAUUUAAAACGUGCAGUUCACUUAUUCAGCAAGAAUGUGCAUGAUGAUAGUUUGGCUACAACAAUCCAGACCAUGUCGUGCAAAUUACUUUUGAAUCUAGUGGAUUGUAUUCGUAUAAGAUCAGAAGCAGAAAAUAGCAACGAAGGAAGAGAAUUAUUGAUGCGGAUGCUUGAAGUGUUUGUACUAAAAUUCAAAACAAUAGCAAAAAUUCAGUUACCAAUUCUCACCAAUAAAUGCAAUCAAAGGAAAGAAGAAGCUCAAAACCAAACGUCGCAAGAAAAACCAGAUCCUGAAGUUAAACCAAACCCAGCUGAGUUACUGGAAUCCGCAUUAGCAACCGCCCAAGGAGGUAACCCACCUAAAGAAGAAAAAUCCAAAUUUGGUUUUCCUCAAAAUAAUAAUUGUAACGUUGCCGACUAUAGAAGUUUGGUAAAAACUUUGGUGUGUGGCGUUAAAACUAUUACUUGGGGUUGUUCUGCUUGUAAAACUAGUACUGGACAAACGGCAGUGCAAUCUAAACAUUUUGCACCACACGAAACGCUUGUUUUUGUGCGUUUAGUAAAAUGGGCUUUACAGGCACUUGAUAUUUACACCUUGAACGUGGGUUCGACACAAGCAGGGUUACCACAAAGAAUGAAUCAGCAGAACGUCAGGAGUAAAGAAGAAAAAGAAGUACUCGAACAUUUUAGUGGUGUGUUUUCAAUGAUGAACGCCCAAACUUUCCAUGAAAUAUUUUCAACAACUAUUGAAUAUUUGGUAAAGAGAGUCUAUAAAAAUCCCACAUUACAAACAGUACCUAAUACUCUCCUUGCUAAUCCCACUACUAGUCCUAUAUUUGCAACAGUCCUUGUUGAAUAUCUGUUGGAAAGAAUGGAGGAAAUGGGCUCCAAUUUGGAGAGAAGCAAUUUAUAUUUAAGAUUGUUCAAAUUAGUUUUUGGUAGUGUAUCUUUGUUCCCCCAAGAAAAUGAAAAUAUGUUAAGGCCUCAUCUUCACCAGAUCGUAAACAGAUCUAUGGAACUAGCCAUGAGUGCUAUGGAACCGUAUAACUACUUCCUUCUUCUACGUGCUCUAUUCAGAUCUAUAGGAGGUGGAAGUCACGAUUUGUUAUACCAAGAAUUUUUACCAUUAUUGCCAAAUCUAUUGGAAGGAUUAAAUCGAUUACAAAGUGGAUUACAUAAACAACAUAUGAAAGAUUUAUUUGUUGAAUUAUGUUUGACUGUUCCGGUCCGUUUGAGUUCUUUACUACCCUAUUUGCCCAUGCUAAUGGAUCCAUUAGUAUCGGCUCUAAACGGAUCACACGUUCUAAUCAGUCAGGGUUUGAGAACAUUAGAGCUAUGUGUUGAUAAUCUACAACAUGAUUUUCUAUACGAACAUAUACAACCCGUGAGAGCCGAGCUAAUGCAAGCGCUUUGGAGAACAUUAAGAAAUAAUGAUCAAGUUGCACAAGUGGCUUUCAAGGUUCUGGGUAAAUUCGGCGGUGGUAACCGAAAAAUGAUGAUAGAACCACAAAAAUUAGAUUAUGUAUCCACAGAAUUCGAUCCACCUGCUAUUCUAGCUCGUUUUAACGAUCAAUAUCAAGAAAUAGAGUUCCCCGUAUCGAAAGUCAUUGAAACGGCAUUCAACGCUCUUAAACAGAGUAGUACAGAUCCUUUCUAUAGGAAACAAGCCUGGGAGGUCAUUAAUUGUUAUUUAACGGCUUCUAGAUGUCUAGAUGACGACGAAAAUAAUUUGAUCAAUCUAUUUUUACAUCCCAGUUUCCAAGAUCCCAACACCAUACCCAAUAUCAAAGGUUCCACUUAUAAAUCUAUUUUUAAAGAAGCAAGGGAAACUCACCAAACUGCUCUUACGGGUAUGUUUGUGGGUGCAGCUAUAAAAGAACUCAGGGAGACAGUAAUUCCAGCUCUAGUGUCUCUUGUACGACAUUAUACUAUGGUAGCUGUUGCUCAACAAUCAGGAGCUUUUGCUUACAGUCCUGAACCUAAUAAACAAGUAACGUUGGAUCCUCUUGUUCUCGUUGAUGCUUUAGCAAUUAUAAUGGGUCAUGAAGAAAGAGAAUUGUGUAAACCAGGACAUUUAGGGCUGGUUCUGAUCGUUGAUACUGCAUCUACACUUUUAGGAAGCAAAGAAAUGGCUUGUCGUCUACCUCUAAUCGAAUAUCUUUCCGAAAAGAUGUGUGCACUCUGUUACGAACGCGCUUGGUACGCCAAACUUGGUGGUUGUAUCGCCAUCAAGUUUAUGUUUGAACGUUGUGCAUUAAAAUGGAUCUACGAACACAUGUUCAUGUUCCUCAAAGCUCUGUUAUUCGUUAUGAUGGAUUUAACAGGUGAAGUUUCCAGCGGAGCACUGGAUAUGGCGAAAGAUAACCUACAAAAAAUGCUCAUCGUGUGCGUAACCCCACCUCCGGAGGGUUCGGAUCAAGCGACAAGAACUCUGCAACAGGAGGCUCUAAAUAAGGUGACUCAUGAAUUGGUUAGACAAGUUACAAGUCCUCAUACAAUGGUUAGAAAUCAGUCCAUGGCGUCAUUACAGUUAUUAGCCGAAAAACAAAACAAAACUGUAACGGCAGUUAUGGAACCUUUCAAAGAUGUUUUGGCUGAUAUGGUGCCUCCCAAAAAGCACCUACUCAAACAUCAACCUGCUAUAGCACAAAUGGCUCUUAUGGAUGGGAACACAUUUUGCACCACCCUAAACCCCCGUUUGUUUACAAUCAACAUGAAUAUUGAAGAACACAGUUUAUUUAUUCAAGAUCUUCUCUCUUUGUGCAAUACUGAAGACAACAAACUAAACACGUUUUCGUGUUAUAAAUCCAUCACCAAUUUCAUCCCUCUGCGGACAAGCGCUUUAAGGGUUUUAGCGGCGUCUUAUUACCUGGAUAAAGUUAGAGAAGAUAUAUUUCAAGUGUUAUAUAAAGCUUUAGAAAAACCCAAUGCCGAAUUACAGGAAACGGCUUUCGAAUGUAUGAAGAAAUUCAUUGCCGGAUAUCCUGUUGAAAAUAAACUAGUACAUCAGACAGUUAGACCACUGUUGAUGACGUUAGGUGAUGUUAAAAAUCUCACUCUAAACGGUGUACAGAUGUUAUCUUACUUAACGCAAUUGUUUCCUAAUGUUUUUAAUGAAAAAUUAUGCGAACAGUUGAUGGAAAUUUUAAAACAAUUAAUGGAAAACCUUAAGGAAAUUUACAAGACUAAUCAAGGUAACGGUGUAUCCAAGAAAGGCGACGAAGAACAGAAAAUUGUUACUAUUAUCAGUAUAUUCCAUCAAACACCUGCUGCUUCUUCUAAAUUUAUAACCCAAUUGUGUACUUUGAUUUUGGAAACGGAACAAGCCAUGGGAAUAGAAGCUAGCAGUCCGUUCAGGGAUGUUUUGAUGAAAUUCCUAAUCAGGUAUCCUGGUGAAACACUCGCGAUGUUCCUAAGUGACCGGUAUAUCAAAGAUAAACAGUUCAGUCGCUAUUUAGAGUAUCUCAUUAAAAAUAAAGAUGGGAAAAUAUUUAGAGAUUGCAUCCAAACAAAUACGACGAAACGCUUGAAGACGAUGCUUCUUUCCAACUAUAUCAACCUCACUUUAGACAUAUCUGAAAGAAACGAAUUGCAAUACCAAAGCAUCAGAAUCGUAUCUCUCUUAAUAAAAUAUGACGAACAAUGGUUAUCCACUCAACAAGAGUUAGUCGAAGCUCUAAAACAAAUCUGGUGUGAUGAUUCGUAUCAAGAAAGACACAAAAAUAUCGAGCAAUUGGAAUAUACACAUUGGAAGGAACCGAAACUAGUCGUUAAAAUUUUGUUGCAUUAUUUUUGUCACCAUCCUACGGAUAUAGAUUUGUUGUUUCAACUUCUGAGAGCAACUGUUGAUCGUUUCUUGCCGGAGUUUCAAUUCCUGAGGAAUUUUUUGGAGAAUACAGUCGCUCAAAAUUAUACGGUAGAAUGGAAAAGAUCUGCAUUCUUUAGAUUCGUAGAAUUGUUUCCUUCUAAUGAAAUGUCACAGGAACUGAAGGCGAAAGUACUACAACUAAUACUGAUUCCUUGUUUUGCUGUGAGUUUUGAAAGAGGGGAAUCAAACAAGUUAGUAGGUGGUCCUCCGAUGCCUUAUCAGGAUAGUAGUGACAAUGUCGUAUCUGUGUUUAUUAAUAAGUUGAUAGACCCAGAUAAUCCUUUUCCUUCGGCGGAUUGUGUACGUAUAUCCCUUCUCCAAUUUUCUUGUCUCCUUGUUGAACAAGCCAGUGCUCAUAUUCACGAUCACGAUGCCACUAACAAGGCCCAAGGAUUUAAAUUACGAAGAUUGAUGACAUUCGCUUGGCCUUGUUUAUUGGUGGAAAAUUGCAUUGAUCCGGCUACUCGCUAUCACGGACAUUUGCUUUUGUCUCACAUAAUCGACAAAUUCGCCAUUCAUAGGAAGAUCGUUCUACAGGUCUUUCAUAGUUUACUAAAAGCACAUGCUGUAGAAGCAAGAAGUGUUGUUCGACAAGCUCUCGAAAUUCUUACUCCCUCCAUGCCAUUGAGAAUGGAGGAAGGAAAUACCAUGCUGACACAUUGGACCAAAAAAAUUAUAGUCGAUGAAGGACAUUCCAUGCAACAAUUGUUCCAUAUCUUGCAGUUGGUAGUUAAACACUACAAGGUUUAUUAUCCAGUUCGACACAAUUUGGUGCAACAUAUGGUAAGUUCUAUACAAAGAUUAGGAUUUAGUCCAACUGCAACACUAGAACACAGAAAGUUGGCAGUGGAAUUAGCUGAAGUUAUUAUCAAAUGGGAAAUAUAUGGCAUAAAGGAAGAAUCCGAAAAUGCAGAGAAUCCCGAUGUUCCGACUAAAAGACCAUCAAUAGAUGAUAGUAAUGAAAUAAGUAGGAAAAAGUUAGCGGUUGCAGGACCUUCAGGUUCUGUAACUGCUGUCAAAACUGAACCUAAUGUUAAUAAACCCAUAGAUAGAGCGCAUACGGAUAAUGUUUUAAAUUUCCUACUGAGACUAGCAUGCCAAAUUAAUGAACCGACUCCGGCAAAUCCUGCAAAUCCAGUAACUAACAGUCCAGGAGAACUCCUUUCCAGACGAUGUGUUAUUUUGUUGAAAACCGCACUUAGACCAGAUAUUUGGCCACAACAUGUCGACUUGAAAUUAGCUUUCUUCGAUAAAAUUUUAAUGACUAUUGAAACUCCCAACGCUAAUAUCGCUAAUAUUUGUACUGCAUUAGAACUACUGACUUAUAUUUUGUCCGUCUUUGAUAAAGAUCAGAUUUUAGCAAGUUUCAAACCUCUCCAGAGAGGAAUCGGCGCGUGUAUCACUUCAACUAAUAGCAGGGUAAUCAAAUUAGUACAUAAUCUGUUGACAAAGCUGUUUACCCUGUUCCCCAUGGAAAGAACAAACACAAACCUUAGUUGUAAAUAUGAAGAACUGGAUAUUUUGUAUGCUACAGUUGGAAAAGUUAUUUUUGAAGGUUUGAGUAGUUAUGAGAAAAAAGAAAACCCGUCGAGUCUUUUUGGUACCGUAAUGAUUCUGAAAGCAGCCUGUGCAAACAACCAUUCUUACAUAGACCUUUUGAUAACCCCAUUCAUGAGGGUAUUACACAGAUUAGCCAAAGAACAUUUACAACACACAAGCGAUAAUACUGCCCUUACAAGCGAACUGUUGAUUUUAAGCUUGGACUUGGUCAAAACUAGAGUGGUAGUAAUGGGAGUUGAAAUGAGAAAAACGUUUAUCGGUACGAUUUUAGUUGGUUUGAUUGAAAAAACGCAAGAUAUCAAAGUCAUGAAAGCCAUCACAAGGAUGUUGGAAGAAUGGAUGAAGUGUAAGAACGUAGUCACGUUAAAUCAGGCUCCGAGUUUACGAGAAAAAUCGAUUUUACUUGUGAAAAUGAUGCAGUACGUCGAAAAACGUUUCCAAGAUGACAACGACUUGAACGCUCAAUUUUUAGAACUAGUUAACUAUGUUUAUACGGAUAAAAAUUUGAAAACAACCGAAUUGACAUCAAAAUUAGAACCGGCGUUUUUGGCAGGACUACGUUGUACUCAACCCCACAUUAGAGCGAAAUUUUUCAAAGUUUUCGACGAAUCGAUGCGUAAAAGAUUACAAGACAGAUUAUUGUAUAUAGUGUGUUCACAAAAUUGGGACGCCAUUGGACCGCACUAUUGGAUCAAACAGUGUAUAGAAUUGCUCCUUGUCACCGCCUUACCAGGGGAUGGUAUCAGAAUGUCUCACGAAAGUAGUAUUCUUCCUGCUAUUACCUCGGUUAUACCGGAUAAACAAAAAAGAGAAGAAUUUAGUAGACGACAGUUUCAAAAUUCCGAUUUCGAUACAACGGAAAUGAAAGAAGAAGUGCUCGAUGUCGAUUUGAGUAAUAUAGAUGCAAAUCCGUUAGUUGAAGAAAAACCAGUAAUACGAGAAGAAACGAUUAAGAUGUUGAAAAAGGAUUACGAAUCUACAGAGAUAGCUAGAAAUAUUACUACCGAUAGAUUUUUGUUAGCUACGGCGCAGUUAUGUCAUAUGGAUACGGCUUUAGCUGAACACGUUUGGUUAUCGAUGUUUCCUAAAUUGUGGACCAUUCUCGAACCCGAACAAAGGAAUAUUUUGGCACAAGAAAUAGUACCUUUUAUUACAUCAGGAACUCAUAUCAUCCAAAAAGAUUGUCAUCCCAGUGCUAUAAACACGUUCGUUGAAGCUUUGUAUAGAUGUCCCAAUCCUAUUCAGAUGGCUGCUCCUCUAAUGACGUAUUUGGGGAAAUCGCACAAUUUGUGGCAUAGAAUGACAUUGGGACUUGAACAAAUAGCAUUCAAUCCAUCAACAGUUCCAAAACCUUCAAAUCCAACUACUUGUUACGAAUUUGAAGGCGAACCAACGAAAUCAGAAUUAUUAGAUUGCCUUGGUGAAUUGUAUCACUUGUUGUGUGAAGAAGACUGUUGGGCGGGACUGUGGCAAAGACAUGCCCAUUAUAAAGAGACAAGCAUUGCUAUCACAUACGAACAACAUGGAUUCUUUGAACAAGCACAAAAUGCUUACGAAGCCGCUAUGACUAAACAUAAAACAGAUAAUAACAUGGGACCAGUACCGGCGCAUACACAACGCGAGAUUCUGUUGUGGAAUGACCACUGGAUAAGAUGCGCUAAAGAGUUGAACCAAUGGGAAAUCCUCAUGGAAUACGCCAAAAACGGCUGCUAUGAUCCUUACUUGUUGUUAGAUAGCGCAUGGCGAGUACCAAAUUGGGAGAUUAUGAAAGAAGCGUCUGCAAACGUAGAAUACACUUGCCCUAAAGAAUUGGGCUGGAAGAUUACUAUGUAUGGUGGAUUUUUAGUUAUUUGUCAACCAGACGAGAACAAACCUCUAAAAUACGUAGAACGAUAUGUAGAAAGUGCUAGUGCAUUAUGUUUGAACGAAUGGAGGAAACUACCACAUAUUGUCAGUCAUAUACAUUUACAGUAUCUUCAGGCAGCUCAACAAAUUAUGGAACUACAAGAAGCUUAUCAAAUUCAUAAAGGUCUCCUGCAAGGUCAUCAAAAUUCCCUACAUGAUAUGAAAGCUAUCGUAAAAACAUGGAGGAACAGGUUGCCUGUCAUAGCUGAUGAUUUGGUGCAUUGGAAUGACAUUUUCACAUGGCGUCAACAUCAUUAUCAAGUUAUCGUUAACCAUUACGAUAGCAGUAGGGAUACCUCAACCCCGCAUUCCAUGUUAGGAGUUCAUGCUUCUGCACAGUCGAGUAUCCAUUUUGGAAAAAUAGCAAGAAAACACAAGCUAGUAAACGUAUGUUUGGAAUCUUUGAACAAAAUUUACAGUAUCUCUAGUGUACCUAUAGUGGAUUGUUUCCAGAAAGUAAGGCAACAAGUUAAAUGCUAUUUACAGAACUCUGCAGUCGAUAAAAACGAAAUAAACGAAGGUUUGGAAGUACUAAGUCGUACCAAGAUGCAAUAUUUUUCAAAAGAGAUGACAGCAGAAUUUUAUGCUUUGAACGGUUUACUGUUCCAAUUAAGUAAUAAAUCAGAUGAGGCGAAUAAAAUGUUUUCCGCAGCCGUUCAGAUGCACGAUGCUUCAACUAAAGCGUGGGCCUUAUAUGGAGAUUACCUCGAACAAAUUUUCACGAGAGAUCAACGACAGAUUAAUUUAGGUGUUAAUGCUAUGGCGUGUCUUUUACAUGCUUGUAGACAUCAAAACGAAGCCAAAGCCAGAAAAUAUCUAGCCAAGGUUUUGUGGUUGCUUAGCUACGAUGAUGAAAAUAACAGCUUAAUGGAAGCCCUGGAUAAAUAUUCUGUAGGUGUUCCUCCUCUUUUUUGGUUGCCGUGGACUCCACAACUACUGAAUUGCUUGGUACAGUAUGAAGGCAAUGUUAUUCUCAAUUUACUCUGCCAGGUCGGUAGGAUGUUUCCUCAAGCAGUUUAUUUUCCUAUAAGAACUCUAUACCUCACUCUAAGAACCUCGGUGGCUAGGAAGACUAAUAGUGUUCAGAAAUUAACCAUACAACAACAACAAUCCCAGGAAACCCAAUCUAACGAUGGACAAUCAACUAGUCAAGAAAACGCGACUACUUCGAUACAACCGGAUGGAUCUUCCAUAAAAAUAAUACCGUCAAAUACUCAAGAAAAUAGUGGUACUACUACAACCACUGUCCCAACGGAAGGAUCGUCCAUUAAGGCAACUCCUGCUAUGAUAAGAUGUUCAAAGAUCAUGAAAAUGCAGAGAGACAUACACACGACGGUGUUAUCAAGUUUGGAAGGUAUCGCUGAUCAGAUGGAGUGGUUCAGAGAAACAUGGUAUGAAGAAGUAUUAAGACAACUUCGACAGGGCUUAACGAAAUGUUACGCGAUAGCUUUUGAAAAUAGGGAAGCGGUAAACGAAGCCAAAAUACCGCCUCAUAUACAAAAUUUCGUUAAAAAAUUAAUGUCCACAUUCGGUAUCGGUGUUGAAAAUAUUUCUAGUUCGGUUAAUGUUAGUUUCAACUCGGCCGCUUCUGAAAGUUUAGCUAGACGAGCAGAGGCCACUUACCAAGAUCCAGUUUUCAAAGCCAUGAAAUUAGAUUUUACAAAAGAUUUUGAUUUUACACAAUCGAAUUCGAUGAGGCUGCAUACAUUGAUUUUCAAAUUAAAAAAAUGGAUCAAGAUUUUGGAUGAUAGAUCUAAAAUGUUGCUGCAAUCGAGCCUUAUCGAAGAAAAAUGUCGCUUCCUUUCGAAUUUUACGUUAAAAACGGCAGAAGUGGAACUACCGGGAGAAUUUCUUUUUCCUAAACAUAAUCAUUACUUUGUUCGUAUCACCAGAUUCAUGCCCAGAGUAGACGUUGUGCAGAAACACAACGCUGCUGCUAGGAGAUUGUAUAUACGAGGGCACAACGGCAAAAUAUAUCCCUAUUUGGUUGUAAAUGAUUCUGGAUUAGCUGACGCUAGGAGAGAAGAAAGAGUUUUACAAUUGAUGAGAAUGUUGAACUUAUAUCUGGGAAAACAAAAAGAAACUGCAAGAAGAUUUUUGCAUUACACUGUACCAAGAGUAGUGGCAGUUUCUCAACAAAUACGAUUAGUUGAAGAUAAUCCAGCUUCCAUAUCUCUAUUAGAUAUAUUCAAAAAAAGUUGUAAACAAUUAGGUAUUGAACACGAUGAUCCUAUCCAGUAUUAUUACGAAAGACUUGCUCAAGUACAAAGUAGAGGUAUUAAAGCAAGCCAUCAGGUGUAUAGGGAUAUUUUGAAAGGCGUACAACAAACAAAAGUACCAAGAACGAUUAUUAAGAAAUGGGCUAUGCAAACCUUCCCUUCUGCAACGGAUUAUUGGCAAUUUAGAAAAAUGUUUACUCUUCAAUUAGCUCUCGCCUGUUUUGCGGAAUAUGUAUUCCAUCUGACUAGGCUCAAUCCGGACAUGAUGUACCUACAUCAAGAUUCGGGACUAAUGAACGUCGCUUAUUUUAAAUUUGAUGUGGAUGAUAGUACAGGUGAAUUAAAUACUACUAGACCUGUCCAAUUUCGAUUAACACCAAAUAUAACUGAAUAUCUAUCAACGAUUGGAGUUAGUGGACCAUUGACAGCAAGUAUGAUAGCUACUGCAAGAUGUUUCACUUACCCUAAUUUCAAGGUUUUGUCAAUAUUGAAACCGAUAAUCAGAGAUGAAAUGAUGUUAUCGAGAGCUAAAAAACCAGAAGAUCUAACGAAUCCAGAAAAAGCUAGUGACGCCGCUAAACAGAUUAUAAAUAUGGUGAAUAAAGCGGUUACUUCAAUUUCUAAUAGACUUACAAGUUUGGCCCAUUUCGAAGGAAACGAAAGCGUUUCUACAUUAGUUGCAGCCGCCAAUAGUCAUGAUAAUCUCUGUAGAAUGGAUCCCGCCUGGCAUCCGUGGCUCUAAGACUUUCAUUUUAGACUAAGAUAAUUUUAACUAUUUUGUAGAAAAUUUUUUAUUUUGUAAAUAGAUAUUUUUCUAUAACCAGUUUAUUAGCAAUUCUAAUAAAUGUUAA